AUGYUUCGCACGUUUUCUAUGUUGAGGCGUUUUAUUUCUAAGAAAAACUUUUUUUACCCGCAAAGAAGGCUUUUAUUACUGCUCAGACUUACAAGCAAUCGCCCUAGUGUACUACCAGCAUUGCGCAUUUCAGAUGCAAAGAAAUGGGGCUUUGUUUUUGCCGGGGCAACUUGUUUUGCUGGGGUCGCGUUCUGCAUGUCUUCGAAUACAACCCAGCAAAUGUUUAAAUCAGUGAAGCAGAAUGAUGUAACCGAAUUGAGAAGGUUAAUAAGUCAAGGCAUUGAUGUCAAUCAGAGACACCCACUUGGCUGGACACCCAUCCACAUUGCUGCCAUCAAUGGAAAUGACAAAGUCCUUCAGAUUCUCCUUGAUGCAGGUGCUGAUCCGAAUGCUAUUGAAGAGUUUUCCACAGUUUAUAAAGCAGCUAGAAAGAAUAACAUAACAUAUCAUCAAGUUAUAAUGGAAAGAGACAAUAACUUCAGUGACAGACUAAGCAAGGGAGCCAACUUCUCUGGAUUUACACCACUCCAUUACGCAGCACUGAUUGACAGUGUUGAUUGCGUCAUGCUUCUCCUCAAGUCAGGAGCUGAUCCAUCAUUAAGAGAUGAUUCAGGCCACUCAGCCACUAGUUACACAAGGAAUCCAAGUGUUAUCAAUGCAAUAAAAGARUACAGUGUUAAGUUUGAAGAAGAAAAGAAAGAGAAGGAACUUGAGGAAAGACRGAGAUAUCCACUUGAAAAAAGACUUAAAGAAAAUAUAGUUGGUCAACAAGGAGCUAUUCUUACUGUUGCUGGAGCUAUCAGGAGAAAGGAAAAUGGCUGGCAAGACAAGGAUCAUCCAUUGGUGUUUCUGUUCUUGGGUUCUUCUGGAAUUGGGAAAACUGAGCUUGCAAAACAGAUAGCAAAUUAUAUUCACAAAGGCAACAAAAAGGGUUUUAUUCGUCUUGACAUGUCAGAAUACCAAGAAAAACAUGAAGUGKCUAAAMUGAUAGGGGCUCCCCCWGGAUAUAUAGGUCAUGAUCAGGGGGGACAACUGACAAAGCAGUUAAAAGAAUGUCCAAAUGCUGUGGUGCUUUUUGAUGAGGUUGAUAAAGCUCAUCCUGAUGUAUUGACAGUAAUGCUUCAAUUAUUUGAUGAGGGAAGACUUACCGAUGGGAAAGGAAAGACCAUUGAAUGUAAAGAUGCAAUAUUUGUCAUGACAUCAAACUUGGCCAGUAAUGAAAUAGCUAAUCAUGCACUUGAAUUGAGGCAAGAAGCACAAGAGGCUGCAGCCAAUAGAAAAGAUGAAAGCGASAUAACAGAACAAAUCACGAUAUCAAGAAAGUUUAAAGAAAAAGUGGUCCAACCAAUUUUGAAGUACCAUUUUAAGCGGGAUGAGUUUCUUGGCCGGAUUAACGAAAUGGUGUACUUUCUCCCUUUUUCUCGUUCCGAGCUUCUKCAACUUGUAUCACGCGAACUGAUUCACUGGUCAAAGAUGGCUAGAGAUCGUCAYGAUAUGCAUAUUACWUGGGAUAGACAAGUCAUGGAUCUUCUAGCUGAUGGUUAUGAUGUGUACUAUGGGGCACGGUCCAUCAAACAUGAGGUCGAACGACGCGUUGUAAAUCAAUUAGCAGCAGCCCAUGAACGAGAGCUGAUCAACCAAGGCAGUUCCAUCCACAUYACAGUUGAUUACAACACUAAACAAGCUAUCCAAGGACAAACAGACAUCAAGGAAGAAACUCCUUCCAUCAAACUACAGCUCAUCAAGGAAGGAAGCAAAAAAGUAGAUAUAGAUGUUGAGAACAUUUUGACACAGGCAAACCAUGGAUUGUUUUCCUGACUGCUGGCUUUGAUCUACUGUGCGAGAUUUAGUCAGUGGCAAAGGCAGUUCGAUAGAAACUCUUACUAACAUCUCUAACGUGAACAAUUGUGGUCACCAAAACCUCUAUGAUACAGACAAAUAAUCUAGACACAUGCAUCAUACAGAAAGCUAUUGUUCAGGGAUCUCGGAGACAAAUGAGGGGGGAGGGGGGACCUCCACGGCCCCCUUGUAUGGUUCCAAUAAACCAAAUGCUCAAAAUGUCUUCGU